CCUAUUUUCCCUCCUUUCUGGUGCUCGAGUUUGUCUUAUAGCUCCGACUAGAAAUCCUUUGUCAUAAAAUCGACAUGGUUGGAUUCCUUCUUUCUGGUAACAAACUAUCUGGCAGGGUACAGAUUGUAUAGGAUUGAAAAGUUAUAAAAAUGCGUGGCAGUGGUAGGGCUUUGCGGGCUACAGCUGGAGCUGUUGUGUUUGCUGCUGUCUUACUCUUAUGGUUCUUGUUAUUUAGCAUAGUAGCCAACAAUGCCUCUGAUAAGGCAGCAACAAGAAUUUCAUCCACCAGAAACCUUAGCAUUUUAACGCUGAUAGCAAGUAGAAGCCGUUAUCUUCCUCGACGUCCUCCCAAGUACAUUUCUGUGAGCAAGAGAAGAGUGCCUGCCGGACCUGAUCCCAUCCAUAACAGGAGAGCCAGAAGUUCCCGACUACCACCUAGUUGAGCAAAAACGUCAAAAAGUUUAAGAAGAUUCAGAAAUCCCUUUGGCUUAGUCGUGGAAGAAAAUGCUUUUCCGCGACACUGCGUUCCAUCUUUGCUGUUGAUUUAGGAUAUUUUCAAAUUGACGUUUGACUCGUUGGGCAGCCUCAACUCACAUCAUUGUUGUAUGAUGUAUAAUACUGAGAAUUGGAAAGAAGUGGAUGAAGGCAUGCUGAAGUUUCGCUGUUAUCAUAUAUGAGCAAAAAUUUCUUGGGAAUGCUGUUUGAGAAUAUUUUCUGUUUUAGAGCAUCCUAAUCAGUGUGUGUAUUCACACAAGCUUCUCCAGCACAUGGUACUUUUAAACUAGAUGGAUUGUGAAAGAGCUCUGAAGGGUAUUCUCAUGCCUCAACUUCAGGAAGGAUUGACAGAUUCUCAUCCGCAAAAGACAUUGCAGGAGAAACGAAGCAUAUUUCAAGAAAGGUGUCAUAGGACAAUGUGUUUGUGUAGGCAUGCAUCAUGCAUGGAUUGAAGGGUGAUUUGUCUUUUGCUUUUCGAUUGGAUUGGCUUUCUUUUGUUUUUAAGUGGCUCUUGUUCCCCAAAUAAAGCAUUUGCGCCCUGCUCGGGU